AUGACAUCUAUUCAUUCAACAAAUUGUCGACAUGAAGGCAAAACCUAUAAAGCUGGUGCUGUAUUCCCAAAGGGGGAUAACUGCAACAGAUGUACGUGUAUGGUGACCGGCUCGUUACAUUGUACAACGGACUCCUGUGCCCCGAAAUGUGAGCACAGAGGUAAACGGUACGAUGCUGGAUCAAGCUUCCGCAAAGGUGAUGGUUGUAAUGACUGCAGGUGUCUACCUGGAGGGAUCAUACAAUGUACAAACAAAAAAUGUUACCCAGAUUGUGUUUAUCGCGGAGAAGGUUUCAUGAAAGGCGACAUGUUUGACAAGGGAGACCACUGCAAUAUGUGUAAAUGUAUGGCCGACGGAACUCUGCAGUGAUCAACCAAAUCCUGUUUCAAAGAUUGUCAUCAUAGAGGCGUAAUCUACAAGGCUGGCCAAAGCUUUAAGGUAGACAAAUGUAACACGUGUUGGUGUAUGGUGACCGGAAAACUCAGCUGUACAGAGAUGUCAUGUUACCCAGACUGUACGUAUUUGGGAAAAUCACACAAAUCCGGUGAUAUUUUUCCUAAAGGAGACGACUGCAAUUAGGAACCUG